AUGGCAAAGCGACUGUCACGACCGUAUGAGAACAAGCUGGCCAUCGUCACCGGCGGCUCGCGGGGAAUCGGAGAAGCCGUAGCAAGACGUCUAGCCGCCAAGGGCGCCAACCUCGUCCUCGCAUACACAUCCGAGUCCUCCAAGGCGCGCACCGAGGCCCUCGUCGCGGAGCUCUCGACGUCGCACGGCGUCCGGUGCGCCUCGGUCCAAGCCGACCUCUCCGACCCGUCCGCGGCCGCGCCGCAAAUCAUAUCCGCCGCGCGCGCGCUCUUCGCCGCCUACAGCCCCUCGGGCGCGUUCCAGAUCGACACGCUCAUCAACAACGCCGGCGUGGCGUCCAACCAGCACCUCAACGACGCGGCGCUGGGCCCCAUCACCGCCGACGAGUUCGGCCGCGUGUACGCCGUCAACGUGCUCGCGCCGCUGCUCCUCACGCAGGCCGCGGCGCCGUUCCUGCCCACCGACCGCUCGGGCCGCAUCGUCAACGUCUCGAGCGUCAGCUCGUCCAUCGGGUACCAGGGCCAGUCGGUGUACGCGGGGAGCAAGGCGGCCGUCGAGGCCAUGACGCGCACCUGGAGCAGGGAGCUGGCCGAGAGGGCGACGGUGAAUGCGGUGAACCCCGGCCCGGCGUGGGGGGACAUGUACGCGCAGGCGGGCGGCGCGUUCUGGAGCAUCAACCAGCCGUACGUGGAUGCGGCGCCGCUGGCCGCGUACCACGGGGACAGGGACGUGCUGGACGCGGUGGGCGAGGACGCAGCGAGGUUCGACAAGACGGUGCGCGAGGGCAUGGCGGGGAGGAGGCCCGGCCUCACGGGGGAGAUUGCCGGGACGAUCGACAUGUUGUGCUCGGAGGAGGCGGGCUGGACUACCGGCAGCGUGGUCUGCGCAAACGGCGGCAUGAAGAUGUCCAUUGCAUGA